AUGGCUCCUCCUACGAACACAGCCGCAGCCCCGGCCUUGCGAGCGCGAGACGAUCUCGACUCAACUUGGACAUACCUGGAGAAAAACGUCGAUAAUGUUUUAACAAAGUUGCAAGAUGGAUUGGAUAUGAAGACUUACAUGGGUGUCUAUACCGCAGUCCACAACUUCUGCACCUCCCAAAAGGCCGCGAGUAGCCAGGCGCAACCCGUUUCCGGACCAUCGCUCAGUCACAGUCAUCGUGGCGCGCAUCUUCUAGGCGAGGAACUUUACAUUCUGCUCGGCGAAAAACUCAAGCGGCAUCUCAAAGAAGUCCUUGCUCUCUCCGAAUCCCACACCGAUGAGGCUCUCCUCGCAUUUUAUACCCGAGAAUGGAAGCGCUACACGGAUGCCGCCAAAUACAACAACCAUCUGUACAGAUACCUCAAUCGGCACUGGGUGAAACGAGAGAUCGAUGAGGGGAAGAAGAACGUCUAUGAUGUCUACACUCUACACCUGGUGAAAUGGAAGGAUGUUUUCUUUAAGGCUGUGGAGUCAAAAGUCAUGGAUGCUGUGCUUCGACUUGUUGAGAAGCAGCGCAACGGCGAAACAAUCGAUCAGAUGCAGAUCAAGGCCAUUGUCGACUCCUUCGUGUCCCUCGGCUUGGACGAGCUUGAUAGUACAAAAUCGACCCUGGAUGUCUAUCGCCUCCACUUCGAGCGCCCGUUCAUCGCGGCAACCAAGGAGUAUUACAGGAAUGAAUCCAGACGCUUCGUUGCCGAGAAUAGUGUCGUCGAGUACAUGAAGAAGGCCGAAUCUCGACUCGAGGAGGAAAGAGAACGUGUCGGACUCUAUCUCCAUCCCGACAUCAUGAAGAAGCUGAUGGAGACCUGCAACGAAGCGCUCAUCAGUGCCCACUCUACCCUCCUGCGAGACGAGUUUCAAGUGCUUCUAGACAAUGAACGCACCGAAGAUCUCGCUCGUAUGUACAAGCUCCUAUCUCGGAUCAAAGACGGCUUGGACCCCCUCCGCAAUCGCUUCGAAAUUCACGUUCGCAAGGCCGGUACUGCCGCUGUCGAGAAGGUGGCUGCCAAUGGUGACAAUUUCGAACCGAAGGUAUAUGUCGACGCCUUACUUGAGAUUCACGGCAAGUAUCAGCAAUUGGUGAAUGUCGCGUUCAACGGAGAAUCUGAAUUUGUCCGUUCACUUGACAAUGCCUGCCAGGAAUUCGUCAAUCAUAACCAGGUGUGCAAGUCAAACUCCACUCGAUCACCAGAGCUUCUCGCCAAAUACACGGAUCAGCUUCUCAAGAAAGGAGCCAAGGCCGCCGAUGAGACUGAACUGGAAGAGCUGCUCGUUCAGAUCAUGGUGGUAUUCAAGUAUAUCGAGGACAAGGACGUGUUCCAGAAGUUCUACUCUCGCAUGCUAGCCAAACGUCUUGUUCACAGCAGUUCCGUCUCCGACGACGCCGAAACCAGCAUGAUCAGCAAGUUGAAGGAAGCUUGUGGCUACGAAUACACCAACAAGCUUCAGAGGAUGUUUCAGGAUGUUCAGAUAUCAAAGGAUCUCAACACUGCUUACAAAGAGUGGCAUGAGAAGAUCCUCGAAGACAGCGACGAGAAACGCACGAUUGACUCCACCUUCCAGAUAUUGGGUACUGGCUUCUGGCCGCUCAAUGCUCCUAAUACGCCAUUCGCACCUCCUGCAGAAAUUGGCAGAGCCAUCGAAUCGUUCACACGCUUCUACGAUCAGAAGCAUAACGGCCGGAAGCUCACCUGGUUGUGGCAGCUAUGCAAGGGAGAAAUCCGUGCCAAUUAUAUCAAGAGUCAGAAGGUGCCCUACACGUUCCAAGUGUCGACAUGGCAGAUGGCGGUUUUGCUGCUUUUUAACGACUCGGACAAAUUGGAUUAUGCGGAAAUCAAGGAACUGACCAAACUGACUGACGAGACUCUUGAUUCGGCCAUCGGUAUCCUGUGCAAAGCCCGCGUGUUGGUGACAACGCCGGAAAACGGGAAGCCAACCCCGGGAACCUCGUACACCCUAAAUCACAAUUUCAAAAACAAGAAGGUCAAGGUCAAUUUGAACAUCACUGUCAAAUCAGAGCAGAAGGUUGAAGCGGAAGACACUCACAAAACCAUCGAGGAGGAUAGAAAGCUACUGCUCCAGGCUGUUAUCGUUCGUAUCAUGAAAGGUCGCAAGAAGCUUAAGCACGUACUUCUUGUUGAAGAGGUUAUCAAUCAAGUUCGCAGUCGAUUUCCCCCCAAGAUCUCCGAUAUCAAGAAGAACAUUGAUGCUCUCAUGGAGAAGGACUACCUUGAACGCCUUGACAACGACGAACUGGCCUACAUUGCUUAA